AUGUCUCAACAAGGGGAGAGAGAAAAGGAAUUUCAAAUUGCUUCUCUUGCUGUCGAUUGCUUUCCAGAUGAAAUUUUAGCACACUGUAAAGUGAGAAUUUAUAUCUUUUCAGAAAAGUUAAACAAGAAUGAAGAAUUGACAACUGACAUGUGGAAAGAUUCUCUUCUUGUUGGUCUUUGCACAUUGCAUGUGAAUUAUAUGGAUCAUUCACCGAGAGUCUAUGUGACGAAUCUUUUGACUCGACAAGUUUGUUUCACUGCAAAAACUGUUUUAGAGUUAAAGAUUCAAGAUCGAAAGUGGAUUAGUUUUAAAUUUAAAGAACAAGAUUACACUGUUGGAAUGCGAUUGUUAGACGAUGAUGAAAUUUCUGAAAAGUUUAUUGCAAAAUUCUCGGAAAUUCUUCUUCACAAAUAUAGAUCUGAAAAAGAAGUCUCAGAAAAUCGAAAAAUUGAGCUUCAAGCAGAUAAGAUCAAACUCAAUGAUACCAAGAAACGGUUUUCCUUAACUUCCAUAUUUAGAAAAAGUAAACCGACCAGCAUGUCUCCUCGAGCAAGCAUUGUUCCGACUUCUGAGCUUCAACAUCCUGAAAAGAUUAGAAUCUCAAUGCCAAAAACCGAAAACUUUAGUCAUGUUACACAUAUUGAGUACGACAAGGACACCCAUCAAUUAGUCGACGUGGCACCUGAAUGGAAUAAUUUUUCACAUCAAGGACCAUCUGAUAAACAAGAAGAAAUUCCAUCCAUUCGACCUGCCAUUGAAGAAACCACUCCUUCUGAGAGUAAACAUUCUCCUCUUGAAGAAUUAACACCAGUCAAAGAAAAAGAGCGAAACACGAACACUUCAAAGCGUCAAUUACCUGCACGACCUCAAAAGAAACUCAUUCGACCGCAAAAGCAAGAGGAGAAUGAAUUUGCAAACAUUCUUCGAGAACGUAGAAAUCAAAUCGAAGGAGAUGUUACGACCACCACUGAGGAGUGUUCCACCUUAUCUGACACUUCCAAUCCUUAA